AGAGAGAAAGAGAGGGAUAGGGGUGUUGCCGCCUCGGAGACACUCACCACUGAGUAACAGCAGCAGAGCGGGAGCACAGAACCCUUCUGUUUGGAUAUAGCAAGGCUUUCAUUUUAUCGCUUUAUUAAAUAAUCUGCUGUAAUAUUAAACAUUUUUUAGAGUGUUUUAGCAGCAGGAGAUUCAGGUGAACAGGAAAGCUUAUUGUAGACCCUUUCAGCACCUUGGACAGCGACAAUGGCUCCAAUGAUGGAGAGCGGAGUUCAGCCCGUGGCAGUGCCGGUGGGCGUUGCUGUAGUGAGUGUUUUCGGCCUUGCCUUCACGGUGUCGGCUUUCGCUUGGAUCUGUUGCCAGCGCAAAAACACCAAGUCCCAGAAGACGCCUCCGUACAAGUUUGUGCACAUGCUCAAAGGGGUAGACAUCUACCCGGAGAGCCUGAGCGGCAAGAAGAAGUUUGCUACGGCUGCCACCACGACGGCCAACGACACGGGUAAAACGGAUGUCAAUGGAAACUGCCACACCGCCCCAAUGAGUCCAUCGAGCACCAGUAAGCUCGCAGCGAGCCCAAACGGCUCCAGACCGGCUCUGCAUUUGGACCUUGAGAAGCGGGAUCUGAAUGGCAAUUUUACCACCAAACCUUUUCACCACCAUCAUCAGAAGGUGAGGAGCUCUCCAGAUCUGGAGCUGCCCUCUCCACAUGCGGGGUUUACCCAGCCUGGUGCGAUGGACCGCCAUGACCUCCCUUCGCCGUUCAGCAAUCUCUCCAGCCAAGCCCCAACCCCAGGCGUGGACAGAGCUCAUGGAGAGGAGAACGAGAGUGGUCUGGGUACUCUCCACUUCUCCCUUGAAUACCAGCAAGAAAAGAAGGCAUUCAUCGUUCACAUCAAGGAAGCCCACGGUCUAUCCCCAACAGACGAGCAGUCCCUGACCUCCGACCCCUACAUCAAGCUAACCCUCCUCCCAGAAAAAAAGUACCGGGUGAAAACCAGAGUCCUCCGCAAGACCCUAGACCCCUCCUUCGACGAGACCUUCAGCUUCUACGGGAUCUCGUUGGCCCGAGUGUCGGAAUUGUCCCUUCACUUCAUGGUGCUGAGCUUCGACCGCUUCUCCCGGGAUGAAGUCAUCGGAGAGACCCUCGUGCCUCUGUCCGGGAUCGACUUGACAGAGGGGCGAGUGCUCAUGAGCCGAGAGAUCAUCAAGAGGAACGUCAAGAAGUCUUCAGGCCGAGGAGAGCUGCUGCUUUCUCUGUGUUACCAGUCCACCACCAACACUCUGACUGUGGUUGUCCUCAAAGCUCGUCACAUUCCUAGAACUGAAAACAACGGGCCCACAGAUCCUUACGUCAAGGUGAACAUGUACCACGGAAAAAAGCGCAUCUGCAAGAAGAAGACCCACGUGAAGAAGUGCUCCCCCAACCCCGUCUUCAACGAGCUCUUCGUCUUUGACCUGCCCUCCGAAGAGGGUUUGCAAGACACCAGCGUGGAGCUCCUGCUGAUGGACUCGGACAACUCCCGCUCGCCCAACGCCGCAAUCGGCCGCCUGGUUCUGGGGACAUCGGCGGCAGGCACUGCGGGCGAGCACUGGAGGGAGAUCUGUGACCAUCCGCGGCGCCAGAUUGCCAAGUGGCACGACAUGUCAGAGGAUUAGAAUGCGGAUUUGACCUGGUGCCAUCUGGAUAGCAUGAGGGUGUAUGGGUGAGAACUAUCUCCCGCCGGACAGUUCUUUUUUUUAUUUUGGACUUUCACUUGUCAAAGGGAGUGAACUUUAAGGGAUUGGGUCAAAGGGGAGUGGCGUAUUCCAAGUGAUGUCAUUAACCAUUCACCUGUUCAUUCACUUUAAAGUUAUCGGGGUUCAGUUGGCGGGCGGGGCAUCACAAGGAUCACCGUAGAGCUUUACACAAUUCCAAAGACUGUCACUAGUAACAUGCAACAUCUCCAUGGCAACAAGCAGUUGUUCCUGUGGAAGUCUUGCAGCGCAGAAUGUCUUAAAUGUCUCAUUCUUUUCCUCCUCUGUUCUUUCUUCUGCUCUUCCUCUUCUAGAAAGCAGAACCAACCACAUCUCACGAUGCUGUAAAAAGUGUGGAAUAUUAAAUCUUAUUUUAUUUUGACGAUGUAGAUUUCUAAUGUACGUUACAUUGAUUUGUUGUUGAUUUUGUAAGUGACAGUGGUAUUUCAUAUAUCAUGACUGAAGUCAAAUAAAGCCUAAAUUAGGUGGUAUGGGAUUUGAGGAGUGGGCUGAGUGUGUGUGUCUUUGGGGAUCGGUGUGUUCGCGCUGACGCAGCUGUGCGAGUGUGUGGGUGUGAGAUGUCAGCUGUUUAUCCUUGGUGUUUCGUCGCAGUUUGCCGUGAGCACAAACACAGCUGUAAUGUAAAUGUACGUACCUUACUAUAAAACCUGGCAAGUUCUGGCAAAACGAGUUUGAAGCGUUAUUUACUUGUUUGUGUCGGAACGAGAUCAAGAGAAUGCUGAAAGCUGCAGGAUUUUGAUGUGCACUUCUAAGGUUCUAAACAAAAAGGUGUUUGUAAAAUAAACGAUGAGAAAUUCA